AUGGCAGAGCAAGGGAGGAUGGAACAGCUGUCUGAGCAGCCUUGUUUUGCUGGUUUGUUGGCCACUGCCUUUGGCCUUGCUGCCAACGUCUUGGCGUCCAUCCAUCGAACGGUGAAGAAGCAUUCGCAGCCCGAGGUUGGAUCCCGACGUCGGGACGGUACGCGUUCCUCGGAUUUGACCGGAGAUGCGUCCUGCAAUGGCUUGAAAUUUGGAGAACAGCGGAUCUCUUGUACUUUGAGGUUAAGGGAUGAUAUCCUUCUAGCCAAGCCUUGGGAGGGUCCGUUGGAGGAGGAGUCCGUCGAGCUCAUCGGCGCUGAUGUGGAGUGCACAGGUGUGGUAGUGACUCUGUCGAGGAACUCGGUGAUUCAAUUCACUAUGGCCUUUGAUAGUGAACGAGUCGCAGGGCUGUGGGCCACCAAGUUGGCUGUGGCCUGUGGCAGUUCCGAGAGCAUCUCCAAGCUCUUCAGCACGCAGCGGCGUCGCAUCUACGCCCUGGAACAGCGCACUGCUGAGGCGCAGAUGAACAACGAGGAAGUGGAGCGAUGUUUGAACUUCCUGAGCCGCGAAUACGUGGAGAUGCGCUACCAGGUCCGCCGUCAAGUGGCCGACCCCUCGGACGCCACGAAGGCGGGUGCACCGGCGCUGAUGGAGGAGAAGGAGGAGGAGGAGCCGCUACUGAUCGAGGAUAUCGAUCCUCCAAAGCUUCCCUCGGAGCCUGAGAAGGAACCCCUGAACUCCGCGCGCGCCGCGACGGCCAUGGCAGCAACGGCUGCGGCAGCGGUUCCAGCGCCGCCGGCCUUGCCGGCGACGUCACUGCCGGCUGCGGCGUCGCUACAGGAAAUUGCGGAGGAACCGAAGAAGGGUCCAUGCUUGCUGGGUUCCAGUCCUAGCCAUCCGAAACGAGAACGGCCGAAGCCAAAGAAAGACUUACCUCUAAGCCUCAAGGACCAUCAUGUGCUCUCUCGGGCAGAGGGAACGGCCCACAAAGGCGAAGAGACCCCUUCGUUGCCCUCCCCGCAGCGCAACGCGGCCGCAGCCACUGCGGAGCGUCAGCGGCACUUGGGCCAUGGCCACGGCAGAAGCACCAGGGACUUGAAGAAGGAGCCGCUCUGGAGCCCCAAAGCGUUUUCCCCGUACGGGUCGUCUGGCACCUCCAUCGAUUGUCCCGGCCUGGACCGGCGCGGCCACAAGCUGGCGAUGACCCAUCAACGCGCGCCGCCGCGGUCCUCCAAGGACAACCACAGCACCAGAAAGAGCACUCAGGGAGUUGGAAGCUCCAAGACCACAGUGGCGGAUAAGACGUCCGUCGCUGAGAAACGCUGA